AUGGACGAGGACCCUGCUGGAAUCUUUGAGCUGGUGGAGGUGGUUGGCAAUGGAACCUAUGGACAGGUGUACAAGGGUCGGCACGUCAAGACCGGGCAGCUGGCUGCCAUCAAGGUCAUGGACGUCACAGAGGAUGAGGAAGAAGAGAUCAAACAGGAAAUCAACAUGUUGAAAAAGUAUUCUCACCACCGUAACAUUGCCACCUACUAUGGGGCCUUCAUCAAGAAGAGUCCCCCUGGAAAUGACGACCAGCUCUGGCUGGUGAUGGAGUUCUGUGGUGCAGGCUCAGUGACUGACCUGGUGAAGACUACCAAAGGGAAUGCCCUGAAGGAGGACUGCAUCGCCUAUAUCUGCAGGGAGAUCCUCAGGGGUCUGGCCCAUCUCCAUGCCCACAAGGUGAUCCAUCGAGACAUCAAAGGGCAGAACGUGCUGCUGACCGAGAAUGCUGAGGUCAAACUAGUGGAUUUUGGGGUGAGUGCCCAGCUGGACCGUACUGUGGGCAGGCGGAACACUUUCAUCGGGACCCCUUAUUGGAUGGCGCCAGAGGUCAUUGCCUGUGAUGAGAACCCCGAUGCCACCUAUGAUUAUAGGAGUGACAUUUGGUCUCUAGGAAUCACAGCCAUUGAGAUGGCAGAGGGAGCCCCCCCUCUGUGUGACAUGCACCCCAUGCGAGCCCUCUUCCUCAUCCCCCGGAACCCUCCGCCCAGGCUCAAGUCUAAGAAAUGGUCUAAGAAGUUCAUCGACUUCAUUGAGACAUGUCUCAUCAAGACCUACCUGAGCCGCCCACCCACAGAGCAGCUGCUAAAGUUCCCCUUCAUCCGGGACCAGCCCACGGAGCGGCAGGUCCGCAUCCAGCUCAAGGACCACAUUGACCGAUCCCGGAAGAAGCGGGGCGAGAAGGAGGAGACAGAAUAUGAGUACAGUGGCAGCGAAGAGGAAGAUGACAGCCAUGGAGAGGAAGGAGAGCCAAGCUCCAUCAUGAAUGUGCCUGGAGAGUCGACUCUACGCCGAGAGUUUCUGCGGCUCCAGCAGGAGAAUAAAAGCAACUCAGAGGCUUUAAAGCAGCAGCAGCAGCUGCAACAACAGCAGCAGCGAGACCCUGAGGCCCAUAUCCAGCACCUCCUACACCAGCGGCAGCGGCGCAUAGAGGAGCAGAAGGAGGAGCGCAGGCGCGUUGAGGAGCAACAGCGGCGGGAGCGGGAGCAGCGGAAGCUUCAGGAGAAAGAGCAGCAGCGGAGGCUGGAGGACAUGCAGGCCCUGCGGCGGGAGGAGGAGAGGCGGCAGGCAGAGCGGGAGCAGGAAUACAAGCGCAAGCAGUUGGAGGAGCAGCGGCAGUCGGAACGGCUCCAGCGGCAGCUGCAGCAGGAACAUGCCUACCUCAAGUCCCUGCAGCAGCAGCAGCAGCAACAGCAGCUUCAGAAACAGCAGCAGCAGCAGCAGCAGCAGAUCCUGCCUGGAGACCGGAAACCUCUGUACCAUUAUGGCCGGGGCAUCAAUCCUGCUGACAAACCAGCCUGGGCCCGAGAGGUGGAAGAGAGAACAAGGAUGAACAAGCAACAGAACUCUCCCUUGGCCAAGACCAAGCCAAGCAGCACAGGGCCUGAGCUGUCCAGCCCCCAGGCCUCCCCUGGGCCCCCAGGCCCCCUUUCCCAAACUCCUCCUAUGCAGAGGCCGGUGGAGCCCCAGGAAGGACCUCACAAGAGCCUGGUGGCACACCGGGUCCCACUGAAGCCAUACGCAGCACCUGUACCCCGAUCCCAGUCCCUGCAGGACCAGCCCACCCGAAACCUGGCUGCCUUCCCUGCCUCCCACGACCCAGACCCUGCCAUCCCUACACCCACUGCCACGCCCAGUGCCCGAGGAGCCGUCAUCCGCCAGAACUCUGACCCCACAUCUGAAGGGCCUGGCCCCAGCCCCAAUCCCCCAGCCUGGGUCCGGCCAGAUAAUGAGGCCCCACCCAAGGUGCCUCAGAGGACCUCCUCCAUUGCCACUGCCCUCAACACCAGUGGGGCCGGGGUUUCCCGGCCAGCACAGGCUGUCCGUGCUAGACCUCGCAGCAACUCCGCCUGGCAAAUCUACCUGCAAAGGCGGGCCGAGCGGGGGGCCCCCAAGCCUCCAGGGCCCUCUGCUCAACCCCCUGGCCCGCCCAACGCCUGUAGUAACCCUGACCUCCGGAGGAGCGACCCUGGCUGGGAGCGCUCGGACAGCAUCCUCCCAGCCUCACAUGGGCACCUCCCCCAGGCCGGCUCACUGGAGCGGAACCGUGUGGGCCCUGGUGAGCAAGCCCGGCUGGGCACUUCUUCCAAACUGGACAGCUCCCCAGUGCUCUCUCCUGGGAGCAAAGCCAAGCCCGACGACCACCGCUCCCGGCCCGGCCGGCCUGCAAGCUAUAAACGAGCAAUUGGCGAGGACUUUGUGCUGCUGAAGGAGCGGACCCUGGAAGAGUUCCCCCGGCCUCCCAAGAAGGCCAUGGACUACUCGUCGUCCAGUGAGGAGGUGGAGAGCAGUGAGGAUGAGGAAGAGGAAGGCGAUGGCGAGCCUUCAGAAGGGAGCAGGGACACCCCUGGGGCCCGCGAUGGGGACACAGACAGUGUCAGCACCAUGGUGGUCCAUGAUGUUGAGGAGAUAACCGGGACCCAGACCCCAUUCGGGGGAGGAACCAUGGUGGUUCAGCGUACCCCAGAAGAGGAGCGAAGCCUACUGCACGCCGACAGCAAUGGCUACACAAACCUGCCUGACGUGGUUCAGCCCAGCCACUCACCCACCGAGAACAGCAAAGGCCAGAGCCCACCCUCCAAGGAGGGGGGCAGCGAUUACCAGUCUCGUGGGCUGGUCAAGGCUCCCGGCAAGAGCUCCUUCACCAUGUUUGUGGACCUUGGGAUCUACCAGCCUGGAGGCAAUGGGGACACCAUCCCCAUCACAGCCCUCGUCAGUGGAGAGGGAAGCCGGCUCGAUCAGCUGCAGUAUGAUGUGAGGAAGGGCUCUGUGGUCAACGUGAAUCCCACCAACACCCGGGCUCACAGUGAGACCCCUGAAAUUCGGAAGUAUAAGAAGCGAUUCAAUUCCGAGAUUCUCUGCGCGGCCCUUUGGGGGGUCAACCUGCUGGUGGGCACGGAGAAUGGGCUGAUGUUGCUGGACCGCAGCGGGCAGGGCAAGGUGUACGGGCUCAUUGGGCGGCGGCGCUUCCAGCAAAUGGAUGUGCUAGAAGGACUCAACUUGCUCAUCACCAUCUCAGGGAAAAGGAACAAACUGCGGGUGUAUUACCUGUCGUGGCUCCGGAACAAGAUUCUGCACAAUGACCCGGAAGUGGAGAAGAAGCAGGGAUGGACCACUGUGGGGGACAUGGAGGGCUGCGGGCACUACCGUGUUGUGAAAUACGAACGUAUCAAGUUCCUGGUCAUUGCCCUGAAGAGCUCUGUAGAGGUGUAUGCCUGGGCCCCCAAACCUUACCACAAAUUCAUGGCCUUCAAGUCCUUUGCUGACCUCCCACACCGCCCUCUGCUGGUUGACCUGACAGUAGAGGAGGGACAGCGGCUCAAGGUCAUCUACGGCUCCAGUGCUGGCUUCCACGCGGUGGAUGUUGACUCGGGGAACAGCUAUGACAUCUACAUUCCUGUACAUAUCCAGAGCCAGAUCACACCCCAUGCCAUCAUCUUCCUCCCCAACACUGAUGGCAUGGAGAUGCUACUGUGCUAUGAGGAUGAGGGCGUGUAUGUCAACACAUACGGGCGCAUCAUCAAGGACGUGGUGCUGCAGUGGGGAGAGAUGCCCACCUCUGUGGCCUACAUUUGCUCCAACCAGAUAAUGGGCUGGGGUGAGAAAGCCAUUGAAAUCCGCUCAGUGGAGACUGGCCACCUGGACGGGGUUUUCAUGCACAAACGAGCCCAGAGGCUCAAGUUCCUGUGUGAGCGGAAUGACAAGGUAUUUUUUGCCUCAGUUCGCUCUGGGGGCAGCAGCCAAGUUUACUUCAUGACUCUGAACCGUAACUGCAUCAUGAACUGGUGA